UUCGAUUCACGACGAAAAAUCAAAAAAUACACAGCCUACGUUACCUCCCCUCCAAAAAGCAUAUCCUAUACAUUGUAUGUAUACCAUCGCGUGUCUCGAGAGCGGAGCAGGAGAGAUAAACAAUCUUCGUGAAAAUAUACGCAACAAUUCGCCGUCUCUCUCGCUCUCGAACGAGCCAGAGCGUCUGUCUAUAGCGAAUCCCCAGUGAUGCGCGCGUUCACGUGCUACUCCCUACUAUAGUACUAUACUGUAUACAUACGCACACCGACGCGCAAGCCUAUAUAGUAUAUACACGCAGUAGCAGAGCAGCAGGCAUCAGCGACGCUGAUUGUUCGCGAAGCUACAUCACACACACACACACACACAGCACCACAGCACCCGACCUCGACUCGCCUUCUUCCUCCUCUUUGUUGUUGUGCGUUUUCGCUUACUGCUGCGAUGCGAGCAACCAGCAGCGCUUAUCUUGCUCGUUGUUGCCCAGCUGAUACCUGAUUGUGCAUCGUUGCAAGCCGACACGUCGUUAGUUGCGUUCGAGGUUUAGCGAGGCUUCGUGUGCUCCGAUUUUCCUCUCUCUCUCUCUCUCUGUUGUUGGUGUUUGAAUCGGGAUAAAAGAAGGAGAGAAGAGGACCCUCGCAAGAUGAAGGAGGAAGGUGGCUACAGACUGCGUCUCAUCGAGCUUCCUGACAUCGUGCUGGAGGAAAUUCUCUCUAAUCUCACCUAUGAUGAAAUCGCCAAAAACCGAGUUGUUUGCAAGACGUUCGACAACAUAUGCAAAAAGUUGCUCAACAGAGGGUUUAACCUGAUGGAGAAGUAUCAUGGACAGUGUUUGAAAGCGGUCAGAAGGCAGUUGCCUCGCAGAGAAUCGGAGAGAAGAAGCCAUCCGCUUGCUCGACACUGCGAUAUCCUGACAGCUAUAGAAACAAGAAUCUCCAUGCUGUCUAUGACAUUCACAAAAUACGUUGAUUUGAAUCUCUGUUGUUUUAUACCUGGAAAAGUGAUUGAUGAAAUAUUUAGAGUAUUACGUCUCAUCAGAAUCUCAAAAACUCCUCCGAGAACACCUGAAAUACUCCAGGAGCUUAGAGAUAUAAGCAGCAUGGCAAUGGAACACUUUGAUGAAAAGAUCUUACCAGAUUUUAAGCACAGUCUUUGCACAUCAGUCGUCAGCAAUGUAAAUUCAUACGAUAAUCUGAUGAUAUCUCAUCACAGUUCUGGUUCGAAAAGUUCAUCACUGCCACACAGUCUGAGUCCAGAUAAAAUCAAUCAAACUUUCAAGAAAAUCUAUAGUCGUACCAAGAAAAACAAAAUGACAGUGUUAUGCGUCAAAGGACAGAUAAGUAAAAUGAAAUUGAGAAUGAACAGACAAUCUUUCCAAAUGAGAUUACAAAGCUUGAAGAUACAAGAGCACGCGAAAAAAAUCGUAGAUCAGGAUGCUCAGUUAGCUGAAAUGCGAAAACACUUGGAAGAGUGGGAACAAAAAUUAGCAGACGUUACUGCCGAACUAAGUCGAGCCAGAGAAGAAUCGCAAAAACCAGAUACUCUGGAUGCCUGCAAACGAAAAGUGUCAGAUAUUCCAAGUCCAAAUUUGGAAACUAGUUUACUAAAGACAAAAGAACUUCAAGCAAAAAAGCGAAAAUUAAUUGUUGAGCGAAAGUCGUCCAGUGAUGCUCAGGAUGUUAAAUUCAAAAAAUUCAUGGCUGAACUUCUUUCAGAUAGUUCUAUCGAAGAAUGUCCAGCUUCUUUGCGAUAAACCGUUAGUCCGCACCGAUUUAAUUUUUAAUUUAACUUGUUCAUAAUUUGUGAAGCCAUACUCCCAGCUCAAUUUAAAUAUUUCUAUAUUUAUGUUAUUCUCUUGAUUUUUAUCUUAUUUGCGGAAUAUUUAAGAUCACAACUGUAUGAAUUAUGUUUACAUUUAGAGCCAAUGGGAAUGCAUAAAAUAUAUUCACAUAUAAGUCAUGAAAAUAGAACUUAUGGGAGAGCUUUGAAAAACGACUGAGAUUUUAAUAAUUUAAGAUCAAUAUCAGUAAGCAAUGCUUAGUUAUGUGAUUUCAAAAAUUUAUACGAGUGAGUUGAUACUUGUGUAAAUAAGCAUAAACAUUUUGUAAAAUAAAGUCCUAAAAAUUAGGUCAUUAAUAGAUAGUAAAUUCUAGUUUCAAGCGUAUUUUGGUGUAAUGAAUUUAUUUUAUUUUCGUAGAAUAAAUUUAUCACUCGUUAAUACUACAAAUGACAUAACUUUUUUUACUUUGCAUUAGCAUUAAUCAACUAAUCUCUAUCUCUAAUUUAAACACAUUAAUAUUAAUUCCAUUCUUAAUGAAAGAUCAUCACAUUAUCAGUGUGGGGAUGAUGUCAAUGUUGUUAGUUUUUAAUUUUGUUAAAAAAAUAUACAUAUAACAUUGAAAUUCAUUUGACGUGUUUCUAGUUGAAGACUUAGUUACUCAAAGCUUUUGGUGGGUCUUUACCAAUUGGCAGUAUGAUUCUAAUUCUUACAGAAUCAGUAAAAACAACAUAAUUGAUUAACCAUUAAUAAACACAGGCCAUGUACCUUUAACAAUUUAUUUCAUAAUUCACACCAUAAGUUGUUCUUUUAAAACAAGACAUCGUCAUUUAAUGUAUCAACAACCAUGAAUCAUCUACGGCAUUUUUAAUGAUAAUUCAAAAAACUUGACAGCUACAAUUGAUAGACUCAUUGUAAUCUUAGAAACGAGUUCAAUUUCCGGUUAAUCAUUGCGAAAAGAUUCCUGUGUAAAACAUCAUUGUGUAUUUAAGUAAAAAUAAUAUUAUUUACAUCACAAUAAACUUGCUACUCAGUUA